AUGAGGGUCAAGCUUGAUAUGAUUAGAAAUUGUUUGUGGCCUCUGUGCCUUAUGGGUCUAUUCAUCACUGGCACCCUCGCUCUGAACUGUAACUUUCUGAAUGUCCACCUUAGGAGAGUCACUAGGAAAAACAUGAGCCUGCUAAGAAAUAUGAGUAAUUCAUUUUCUGAAGAAUGUCUACAAGAAAGGACAGCUUUUGCAUUGCCCCAAGAGAUCCUCUUACACACACAGUCUAUGAAAAGGGACAUCAAGGAAGCCUUCUAUGAAAUCUCCACACAGGCCUUCAACAUCUUCAGGCAAUACAUUGUCAAGUCCUCCUGGGAAGAUCAAUACCUAAAACAAAUCCAAACUGGACUUGAUCGGCAAUUGAAGUACCUGAAACAAUGCUUGGAUGAGGAGGAGAAGAUUAAUGAAGACAUGAAAGUGACGGAAGAUGAUGAGAUGAAAGAAUCAGGAGCUAGGUUUCCCCAGCUAAGCAACCUAGAACUGAAGAAAUAUUUCAGCAGGAUAGACAAGUUCCUGAAAGAGAAGAAGUAUAGUCAUUGUGCCUGGGAGAUAGUUCUUAUUGAAAUCAGAAGAUGUUUCUACUACUAUCAAAAAUCCACAGCACUCCACAGGAGGAUAUAA